AGUCUUCGAUUCUUAAUCAAAACAUCCCGUUCUAUUCCUCCCCCCCCCCCCCAACCUCCUACAGGCACUGAGGUUCCUGCGGGUGACGAGCGACCGGGAGGAGGCGCUGAAGAUGCUGGAAGCGGCGGAUUCCCGAGCCAGCACGAUCCGCGCCCAGGCCACUACCGUCGUGGAGUACCAGACCACCUUCAGCCUCAAGGUGUGCACUUUCAAGGAACUAGCUGUCGUCGAGGAGGAGAUAGCCUUGAAGAUGCUCCUCUGGCGAUCUCUGGCCGAGUGGGAGGAACUCACGAGCGAGUGGUAUAAGGUGGGUAUGAGGGCGGGUAUUCGUACGUGAGAGGUUGCGUGUCAUUACGAUUGGUCGUGUGGAUGAACCAUUAAACAUUAGUGAUAUUUGUAAAAAUGUAUUUAUAC